UUCUUUAAUUUCUUUCACUCUUGAUAACAAUUUAUUUCUGUUUGUUGAUUACUGAUUCUCACAGAAUUUAACAUGUAAAUUUUAAUUGAUUAAUUCUCAUUAGAAUCUUAAUUACUCUGGAACAUUUUCUAUUAACUGGUAAUCUGAAAAUUAAAUAAACUGAGAUACUUUCUGACACUUUCAGAAUGGAUUAACUUUAAUUGUUGGGCUCAGGAUAAUCGUCAUGAAUUCGUAAUCUUUGCUCUUUAUUGUGUUGCCUAUUGAACAAAAUUUCUACUCGUGUUUGAAGUUUCAUCAAAAGUUUACUUUCUCUCAACUCUGAACCGGAUCACUUAUUUGAUUUAAUUCUUGCACUCGCAAUUGUAUCGUUCGUUUAGAUGUUCAACAUCUCAUUUGUUUCAAUAUUGUUACCUGGUGAUUAAUCUCAACCUUUUGGAUGCUUUUGAUUUCCUUUCUACCUGAAUGAUUGUUCAAACAUCAUGAUUCACAACAUGAAUCAUUUAUCGUAAAUGCUUAUUGUUUUCCCGAUUAAUCAUUGUCAUUACAUUAGAACCUGCAAGUUAUCAUCAAGCACCUCGUUUGUUUUUCUUGAAUGAAAAUCCUGUGAACACUUUAGAUCGGAUUCUAUCAAAUUCCUGGCAAAUACUCUUCUCAUUUCGUUGGAUUAAAAUAAGUUAAAAUGAAGAGAGUUAUCAUCUUCAGAAAUGGAGCUAAAUUCGAUGGAAAGGUUCUACUAGUCACUCAUUCAUUGGAAGAUCUAUUAAAAGAUGCCUCUGCCAAGUUGAACAUUACUGCUAAAAAAGCAUUCACUCCACAGGGAGGAGAGAUCGAUGAUAUUAAAUUGAUUCGAGAUGAUGACAUACUCUACAUUUCUAGUGGUGAACCAUUUAUCCAGAUUCCGGAUCAUCUGUUGACUUGUAAUUCAACUAAUACUCAAUACCAGAGAAACCGAGGUUUUCAUGGUAAUUCAUCUCCUCUUCUUGUUUCUUUACCUUUAGCUUCUGGCUCAUUGUUAUCUUCUAUUUCAUCAUCGUCAUCAUCUUCAUCUUAUCAAUCUGCUUCAUCCGAAUGGAUUAGUCUUAAUAUUGGUGGUAAAGUUUUUUCCACCACCAAGCAAACCUUAAUUAGCAAGGAACCAAACUCAAUGUUAUCCCGAAUGUUUUCAAAUGAUUCCUCUCUCAUUCAACCCUCUCCUCGAGAUCCUUCUGGCGCUUAUCUUAUCGAUCGAAGUCCACACUACUUUGAACCAAUUCUUGGUUACCUAAGACAUGGUCAGUUAAUUUUGGAUAAAAAUGUCAACCCUCAGGGUAUUUUGGAAGAGGCCAAAUUCUAUGGAAUCGCCUCACUAAUACCGACUCUAGAAGCGAUGGUGGCCUCAGAGGAAGAUCCAGCUCCCGAUGUGAACAGUUUACCUCUUACUCGAAGGGAUGUUAUCAAUGCUUUGAUAAGCACCUCUUUCAAUUCUGAAUUGCGGUUUCAGGGGGUCAACUUAGCGGGUGCUGAUCUAUCAAAAUUAGAUUUACGACAUAUUAACUUUAAAUUUGCUAAUCUACGAGGAGCUGGACUUCAAGGAGCAAAUUUAAGCUACUGUUGCCUCGAAAGAUGUGACCUAUCGUCAAGUAACAUGGAAGGAGUUAUUUUGUUUGGCGUUAAAAUGGUUUGUGCCAAUUUAGAAAGAGCGAGUCUCAGAGCGGCCCAUAUGGAAGAUCCUCUCGGUAAACGAACCAACAUGGAAGGUGUCAACUUAAAGGGAGCCAUUUUAGAGGGAAGCCAAAUGGCGGGUGUUAAUUUAAGAGUGGCCACACUGAAAAAUGCAAACCUUAAAAACUGUGACCUCCGUGGUGCUUGUCUGGCUGGAGCUGAUCUCGAAAAUUGUGACCUAAGUUGUUCCGAUUUACAUGAAGCCAAUUUACGAGGAGCCAAUUUGAAGGGAGCAGCGUUUGAAUUAAUGCCAACGGCCUUACACAUGUCACAAACCUUGUGUAAUUAAUCAAUUAAUCAAUCAAUUAAUGUAUUUAUGGACACAUGAUAAUCAUAACUUCUAUGGGCAAAUUGGCUGGACAAAUUUCAACUAAUUCAACUAUUUUCCAUUUUCUUAUAAACUUAACUGGUGAUUAAAAGACUGCACAUUUAAAGAAGAAACGAAAGCGACAAAAAAAAAGAAAACAAUAUUUUUAAUGAUCGAAAAAGAACAUUUUUCGUUUUCUUUUGAUCAAAUGUUCUAUUCCACAAUUAAAUCGAUUCUAUUAAUCAACAAUCCUGUUGAUUUAAUUUCCAUUUGAAUUUAGAUUGUGCGGUUCAACUUCCCACCGAGAGAUACAUUGUAUUGCCAUCUAACGUUUCUCUUUCUCUCCAUCACUUCCUCGUUCUUUUCUCUCUCAUAACCUGAACGCUAACAACUGGUUACCACUAGUUAGUUAGUUUCUUUUCUCUUUCCAACAGACAAACAGUUCAUUUAAAUUUAAUUGAUGUUGACCUUUUUCUUUCUAUUCUACAAUUGAUUUAAUUCCAAUUUAGCUUAUUUUACUUUCGUCUAUUUAAAUUGUGUUUAUGUGAAAAUCAUUGUUUUUGUUGAUUUUGUGUUUGCUUUCAUAAUCUUGUUUCCCUUUUCCAUUCAUUUGUCUCUUUGUUUACCUUUUUUUUUGUUGUGAUUUAUUAUCAUAUUUGAACCAUUUUGAUUAUGGCUCGUUGGGAAGACACCGCUCUCUCUAUGCCUAAGAUCACCAAAGAUCCUAUUCUUGCUUUAAUAGAAUCCCAAGUUGAAGUGGACACGGAAAUUGAACAAAGACCUCGCACUUCUGCUCCUGUGGUUGAAGAAGGUGAAAAUGAUUCACCCGAUGAAUGGGAUAGUGUUUAUGGCGAUCAAGACGAAGCCAAUGGUCGAGAUGUCAAUGAUACUGGUACAACGGAUAAUCCAAUUGAUUUAGAUGGGGAAAAUUUUCCUUCUCUAAGUGAUGAUGAAAGAAAAGUGAACAUCAAAAAAGAAGAACAUGAAUCAAAUGGUUCUCAGGACUCGGUUGCCUCGUUGACGGAAAAGAUGAGAUCAUUACAGGUCGAAAAUGCUUUUCUUUUGACCAAUAAAGAGCAAUUGGAGAAACGUAUCAGCGAAUUGGAAAAUUUGUACCAUGAUACAAUUCCAGGAGUUUCUAAUCAUACUCGAAGCUCUAAGGAUUAUGAGAAUCUUUCAGCGACUGUUUUGAUCGAUGGUCGGGAAAUUUUAGUUACUGGUCUUUCUCCGCGAAUGAGCGGUUGGGAUUUCACUCGGAAAGUGUCUGAAGCUGCUGGAAUUCACCCUGGACACAUGAUUGUCAUGCAACAUUCACCCAUUCAACUUGAUUUACCUCUCAAUCAACUUGGACUUGGGAUGAGGCCAUUCUACGCGGUAUCAUUAGGACACCGACGAAUUGAAAGAGGUCGAUCAAUCAAAGUUCAAUUACUGUGCAGAGGCCCAUUAAUUUAAUUGUAAUCGCUCAUAGUUCGAGAUUUUCUUCAUGCUUCUCAAUUGUCUUCUUAUAUUCAACUCAAUUUUCAACAUCAUCAUUAAUCCGAUUUGCUUAUUUCAUAUGUUAUCUCAAUUCAUUAUUGCGCAUUCAUUUUUACAAUUCAUCUCAUGUGUUUACAAUCAUUACGUAAAUAAAAUUCGUUGCAAAUAUUA